AUGUCUCCGUCGAUAACAACAGCUCAGCGGUUGCUGACCGUGGUAGCGGCGACUGCAAUCGCGCUCGCCAGCGGAACAAAUGGUACGGCGGCAAACGUGGGAACCUAUGCUAGUGGUAUUGCUAUUGGCUUGCUUGUUGAUUCCAAAGGACCUCGUCCCGGUACUAUGAUUGGUACUGUGGCUUUGUUCCUGGGAUAUUUCCCCAUUCAUCGAGCCUAUGCCUCCGGCGCUGGUUCGAUGAGUGUGCCGCUUCUCUGCUUUUUCUCAUUCCUCACCGGCUUAGGAAGCUGCUCUGCCUUUUCAGCGUCGAUCAAGACUGCUACUGACACAGCCGACACAGCUGCGUCCAAUUUCCCGAAUCAUCGAGGCUCUGCUACAGCCUUCCCACUCGCCGCCUUCGGACUGAGUGCAUUUUUCUUCUCAACGAUAGCUGCAUUUGCUUUCCGUGAUGACACGUCUCUGUUCCUGCUCGUCCUCGCAGUUGGAACAUCGUCGUUGAUAUUUGUUUCAUCUUUCUUUGUGAAAUUGCUACCACAUUCGUCCUCCUACUCCUCCAUCUCGGACUAUGAGCCAACAAACGCGUCUCAGUCGAGUCAGCUUCAUAGAACCAGGUCUACAGAUAACCAUCACGGAAUCGCAGACGUAGAGGCACCUCGGACUUCAACCUCCGUUGAUUUGCCUGUAUCAUCCCCCGCACCGCCCCGACACGAGACUGCGGAUGAGACAUCAUCGUUGAUUACCAGAUCAUCGACGUCUGAGAAUCCCCUUUUCGACGAGAACCUGAAAUCGCGUGUGACUGGAGAUUCACUUCAUUCAGAUUUGCGUGGCUUUCGGAUCCUAGGAACCGUGGAAUUCUGGCAGCUGUUUUCCCUGCUUGGGGUGCUGACAGGCAUCGGCCUGAUGACAAUAAACAAUAUUGGAAACGAUGUCAAAGCGCUUUGGAAGUAUUAUGAUGACAGCGUCAGCUCCGGAUUUCUUCAAAAGAGACAAGCCAUCCACGUUUCAACCCUUUCCGUGCUUAGCUUCAUAGGCCGUCUUAUCAGCGGAAUCGGCUCCGACCUUCUUGUCAAACAUCUCAAAAUGUCACGCCAAUGGUGUGUCUUCGCAGCUUCGUUAUUUUUCUGUGCUGGACAACUUGCCGGUGCCCAAGUUUCCAAUCCACACCAUCUCAUACUGGUCUCCGGCAUGACGGGCUUCGCCUACGGUAUGCUGUUUGGAGUUUACCCUUCUCUCGUCGCGCAUACGUUUGGUAUUGGCGGCAUCUCUCAAAAUUGGGGCAUCAUGACCCUCGCGGCAGUCGUUGGUGGUAACAUAUUCAACCUCAUUUAUGGAUCAAUUUAUGACCGAAACUCUGUGAUAUUACCAAACGGCGAUCGUGACUGUAGGGAAGGGCUGGCAUGCUACCGGACUGCGUAUUGGGUGACGUCGUAUGCGGGGAUUGCAGGCGCCUUGAUUACUCUAUGGGGCAUCUGGCAUGAAAAGAGGGUCAUGGCGAAACUGGUCGGGAAAAAUAAUAAUCAUGCGCAUGCAAGUUAA